AUGGCACGAAUCAGCCAUGGUAUAAAGGACGAUUGCGGCUUUUCAAGUUAUGAGGCGUGGGAAGAUUCUGGGCGAGCUGCUCGCCCAGAAAUGGUCACGUGUUGGGUGGUCACUGUACCGGAGUUGUCCGAAUUGAUAUCUAUUGUCCAAGCUGUAAAUGCGGUGAAUCCACAGAAACAUCCUGAUGCUGUACGCUGCACGCCGAGACCUAAACCUAGCCAACCUUUUCUAGAGGGUAGCAUAAGAGUAGCAAGCUUCCUCAACAUAACGCUGGUCUCUGCGAAAUUACUUUGCAUUUUCCAUCGAUUCGUCGUGCGCGAUCUUGGACCGGACCGCAUCAAGUUGCCAACCGGCGCAGCCACCCUCCAACAGCUCGAUAACGUGGCGUGUUUUGGCGCCAUGGGCAGGAAACCGGAUCUCUCUUCGCAGCAAACCUUCAGUAACGACCAACAAGAUGCCACCUUUUAUGCGGUACACGGCGGAACUGGAGCAAACCGCUGA